GAAUAAUUGCUUUAAGUUUGCGUGGCGAGGGCGGAACGUAUGACGUUUUCAGCUGAAGCUUGGAGGUGUUAUUUGUUCCUUCCCGUCGAAGAGCGAAAGGAGGCUAGAAAGGGGAAGAUUUAACGAUUACAUAGACCAUUUUCAUACGGUUUCAAUUACACAAAACAACGGCAGAGGAAGGUUGACACAGGACCCAGUGGCCAUGGCAUAUGCAUACCUUUUCAAAUACAUCAUUAUCGGAGACACAGGUGUGGGGAAAUCAUGCCUAUUAUUACAGUUCACAGACAAGCGGUUUCAGCCUGUGCACGACCUCACUAUCGGUGUGGAGUUUGGGGCGCGGAUGAUCACCAUAGAUGGUAAACAGAUCAAGCUGCAGAUCUGGGACACGGCCGGCCAAGAGUCCUUCCGCUCCAUCACCCGGUCUUACUACAGAGGGGCAGCUGGCGCCCUGCUCGUGUAUGACAUCACAAGAAGGGACACCUUCAACCACUUGACAACCUGGUUAGAGGACGCUCGCCAACAUUCCAACUCCAACAUGGUCAUCAUGCUCAUUGGGAACAAGAGUGACCUGGAGUCCAGGAGAGAGGUGAAGAAGGAGGAGGGAGAGGCCUUCGCCAGAGAGCACGGCCUUAUCUUCAUGGAGACCUCCGCCAAGACCGCAUCCAAUGUAGAAGAGGCAUUCAUCAACACAGCGAAGGAGAUCUACGAGAAGAUCCAGGAGGGUGUCUUCGACAUCAACAAUGAGGCUAACGGCAUUAAGAUUGGGCCCCAGCACGCUACCACCAACUCUACACUCUCCGGUAGCCAGGGGGGCCAACAGGCUGGAGGGGGAUGCUGCUGAACACCCUGCCCCUCUGUCUCAUACCCCCUCCCCCAACCACCCAUCCUGCCCCUUGCGUUUCUUCUGGACUGGUCGGGCUCACUAACAUUUUCUUAACCCCUCCCUCUACACAGCCUUGCCACAGGAGAGUCUAAUUGUAUACUCCAUGACUGUCAGUCAAAAUAUACCAAGCAAAACACGUUAAAGUACCCCCGGUCCUGGGGCAAAAAUGCUUGUCCUGCAUUGGAGCCUGUCUGGAUUGUAGAAUGGUAGGGUUUACUGUUACUAUUGUGGCAGGAUACUUUAGGAUAAGGGUCUCAUAUAUAUCUGUACAUCAAACAGGCAGGAUGCUUUAGGAUAGGGACUCAUAUCUAUCUGUACAUCUGUGAGCCAGUUGUGGAUCAUGUCUUUCUUUUUGACGUUUUGACUUAAAGCUGAAUUGUAUCGAACACUACAAGCUUGGUCAUCAAUUAGUAUUUGAAUUGGUUUCAUGUGGGAGAAAGAAAGCUUUGGGAACGUGUGGUUAACGCAGAAGUUUGAAAUAAAAGAGAAAAAGAAACGUAGAGUUGUGUGGAGCAGCGGCCAUGUCUGAAGUGAAGAAGCUAAAAGGAGAAAAAACAGGGCUGUUUUAAUUCUGUAUUUAUCACUCACAUUCUGUAUAUAUAUAUAGAGUAAUCCUUUCUUGCUUUGGUGUAUGUUGACCGAGCUAGAAUUCUUUGAAUUUCCUGGAAAAAUCUAGACUUUACGAAUAGAGCUUGAAACUGCAACAGUAUUGCUAAAAAACCUACUUGGACACCAUUUAAAGAUUUUACUUUUAGUUUGUCCUGCCAUCUGCCCCCCCCCCCCCCCCCCCCCCCUCCCCUCGCUAUCUCUCUGUGACCUAGAUCUGCUAUGACUGUGUAUAGAAACUUUGGCUCAAUAUUCUGCAUCUUAUCUAUUUUAAUGCCAAAAUGUUGUUUACCUGUGUUCAAUAACCACAAACCCCAGAAUUUGAUCACCUCUACUCUGGAAAGGGAUCUCAGCUGUUUGCCUUAACGAAAAGAUUGGGACAGCAGAAAAACAAUAGAAAAACAUAAUCAGGUUGCAAAGGAAUCAUUCCACUAACUACAUAUGCAUAGUCUUAUACAUGCACAGCACAUACACAGCAUUUUUUUUUUUUUUUACAUUCAAACACGUGUUGCAGACAUUCAGACAUUCUCUAAAUCACUGGUUCUCAAACCUGGUCCUGGGGACCCAAAGGGGUGCACAUGUUUUCUUUUUGAACUACACACCUGACUCUAAUUAUCGACGCCUGAUGAUGAAUUGGUCAUUUGACUCAGGUUUGCAGUGUUAUGGCAAAAACAGAACUGUACACUCCUUUGGAUCACCAGGACCAGGAUUGAGAACCCCUGCUCUAAAUGUGUGUAUGUAUACACGUAUAUUAAGAAAGUACAUGCAUUCCUAAAUGCAUACAUGUGUACCUACAUGCGCACACACAGUUGUCUAUUUAUACAUACAAGUCUGCAUGCAUACAUAUUUUCUCUUCAGGAUUUUGUUUUCCAAGCAGUCCGCUGUGGAGCAUCAGUGCAGAGCAGCGUUUUCCUGUAGGUGUGUGAGUGGCUGUGUAAAGCCUUGCUUUCUUGGGCAGUGCAUUCUGUUAGUAGAUAUUAUGGUGAACAUCGCGUCUGUUGUAAGAGCGGCGCGGGAAAAGCCGAACCUGGAGUGUCUGUGACCCCCCUGACGUUUGCUGUGUUGGUUUUUCUUAAAAAUAAAAAAAAUGCUAUCACAAAUAAUAAAAAAUUCUAAAAUGAAAUAUAAAUUUAUGUGGAAGAAAUGUGCAAUGUUUAAACUUACAUUUUGUAAUUUCCUUUUUAGAGUUGAUGUUUUGCAUUUUGCAUCUCCCUAUAGUACUUUUCUGAGUGUCUGUGUUGGUAUAUGAAUGAAACGAUUAUAUAUGGAUCCAUACUGUAUUGUAUCUCUUGAUUUAUCAAUUUAUAAAGUGAAGCAUGUGUGUCCUCA